AUGCUGUUAGCUACUUCUGCCGUCAUUGCUCUGGUGGGUGUUUUGUUAGCGGCCUGGGUAAGGGAGAGGAUAGCAUCGAGAAGGCGGUUCGAGGGACUACCACGAGUUGGGAUCGACCCAGGUUUAUUCGGUCUGCAGCUUCAAGCUGCCAAGGACGAAUUCUAUGCCCGUGGACAACAGUUGCUAGAGGAAGGUUACGAGCAGCACAAAGAUACUCCGUACGUCAUACAAACAUGUGACAACGAGCGCCUCGUGGUUCCGGACAAGUUUAUCGAGGAACUGAAGAACCUGCCGGAAAACCGGAUCAGCUUCAAGGAAGAGCUCCUGGAUCGCUUUAUGGGGAAAUACACCAAGCUCGAUGCCGUCCGAAGAACAACUAUCCAUCGCGAUAUCGUGAGGCAUCAAUUAACUAAGAACAUAGGGAAUUUGCUGCCUCAGAUAAAAGAAGAAGCAGAUCUAGCUCUGAAAAAUGUUCUCAGCCAAUGCAACUCAAAAGAUUUCACUCCCGUCAAAGCGUCUUCUAUAAUCUUUGCUGCAAUCGGCCAAAUAACCUCCCGCAGGGUUAUUGAUGACCCCGCCAUAUCGCGAGACCCAGUAUGGCUCGAGACUAUCAUGGGCUUCACUGCAUCAGUAGCCAUCUUCUCCAUGACCAUGAGGCGCAUCUCGCCCACUCUGCGUCCCAUAGCACAGUACACUCUGCAAUGCGGCCGGAAACUUCGCGCCGAUAUUGCUCAAGUGACGAAACUCUUGGCCCCUGUGAUUCAAGCUCGCCAGGAGCAAGUUAGUGGGGGGAAGAAGGGGGUCAAGUCUGAUGAUCAACCAAAAGAUUUCGUACGCUGGCUGUCUGAGGCCGCUGAAGGCCAAGACGCCCGACCCGAAGCCAUCGCCUUAAAAAUUCUCUUCCUUAUUGUCUCUUCGAUGCACACAAGUGCCAUCACCGCAAUCCACAUCCUCUACGAUAUUUGCGCUCAUCCGGAGUUCAUGGAGGAGCUACGUGCUGAGGCACUCGAGGAGACCGGUGCUAAUGGCUGGACUGAAACUUCGCUGCUGAGGCUGCGCAAGAUGGAGAGCUUUCUUAAGGAGAGCGGCCGUAUUAAUUCUGCCAAUGUUGUCUCAUUCCAGCGUCUCGUAUUGGCACCGAUCACCCUAUCUAACGGUUUCACUAUUCCGGCGGGCACGCAUAUCUGCGCCGCCUCCGAUGCUCGCUCGCGCGACCCUGCGCUAUAUCAGGCACCUCUAGAGUUCCGACCGCUACGGUUCUACGCGCCGUCAACUAAAACCGGUACUAAAGUCGACACCUCAAAUCUAUUCAGCUCUGUUGCGGCCGGCGACUCGUGGUUUGGAGCGGGGCGACAGGCUUGUCCGGGACGGUGGUAUGCGAGUGCGCAGAUUAAACUUGUACUAUGCUUGUUAUUAAUCGACUAUGAAUUCAAGUUUCCGGACGGGCAGAAGGAGAGGCCGAAGAACUGGGUUAAGGACGAGAAGACGGGGCCGGAUAUGGAGCAGAUGAUCUGGGUUAGACGGAGGACGACUGCUUGA